CACAUGACCUAUGUCAGGCUCGUUACCUCAUUUAAACCUCAUGACAGCCUUGCUCUGGGACAUAAACAUCCCCAUCUUGCAGGUGAGGAAACUGUGACCCAGCAAGGUGAAGCAGGGGCUCAGGUCCCCCAGGGAGUUGGUGACAGUGGGAACAGGCCCCAGGCUGAGAUUUCAGGGAGGAGUGGCCUCUAAGCUAACUUCCUUCUCUGCCCCUGGGGCCUUGAAGGGUGGUUCUCCUCUGCCAGGAGCCCUGAGGCCAGAGAAGACCGCCACCACUGCGGCCUGAGGGUCUGCCCAUCUUUGACAGCCCUCCCCCAGGAAGCCCUCAGGAGGUGCCCCGAGGUGCAGGGCUUUGGAAGGUCACUGAUUGCCCUGCCUUCUGGAAGGCAGAGGGGUGGGGAUGGAGCCUUCUCAGACUCCCCUCCCCCAGCCAAGGGGCUUGAUCUGAACUUGCUUUUCAGUCAGGUUUCCAGGGCUCAGAGCAUAGGUGCCGGAGGCUGGGUGGGGAGAAGGCGCAGAGGGGAGUCAGAGCAGCAGGGGUCCACGUGCGUGCAGGGGUGUUCUGGGUGGAGGCCAGCGGCUGCCUGACUGGGCAGGUCCUCUGGGGGCUCAGGCUGAUUGUGGGGGCCGGGGGAGCUGCUGUAAGCAGAGACUCGGGCAGCCAGACUGGAGUAAGUGCUGGUUUGGGGUAAUUAGAAGGCACAUAAUUAGAAGGCGUCAGGGCGCUAGGCAGCAAGCGUCUGUGAAUGUGCCUGAGUGGGCCCUCGCUGGCUUUGAGUCUGGGCCUUUGGACCCCAUUUUCCUCCUCGAAGUCUUGAGAUCAUAGCUCCCUGUCUGUCUGGAGGUGAGCAGCUGCACAGCCCCUCCCUGUGGGCUCAGGUCACCCAGCAGGUGCCAGUCACGGCCAGGGGUGGGACUAGGGGGGAGUCUCUCCUCGGUGGCUGUUGGGUCCUCUUUACUUUCCACCCCUGCCCCAGCUCUCUGGCCCACCCUGGGGAUAUGGACGGGUGCUGGAUCUGGGGGCUGGACAGGGCUACGGGGCCGGCCUGAGUUCUUGGGGCUCGUGGUCAAGUCUGUGGGUGAGCUCCCAUGAAGAACCAAGGAGGGGGCCAUGGAGAGAUGGGCUUGAGUAGGAACUGGGCCUGGGCAGGGGGGACACUUGUGACCAUGUUGGAGGAGGGACCGGUGGAGGAUGGGUCAGAGGAUGCCACCUGUUGGGUGCUGACUGCCAGGGUGCAGCCUUCACUCUACUCUGUGGCUGGACCUUCUGUCCCAGGUUUUCCCCUGAGCUGGCCUUGGGCCAAGAGCCACUGCCAGUGACCUGGACAGUCCCGAGGAUAGUGUGACCACUGCCCCAGCCCCUCCCCUGGGUGUAAUUCAAACCCCUGGCCCGCCAAGGUCUGUGCCAGGCCAGGCCCACAUGCAGCCGGAUCAGUUUCCUCUGGCUCCUUUUCCUGGUGGGAAGUCCGGGCCGCCUGUAGGCCAAGGAGCUCUCGGCUCUUCCGUGACCUGGGGUUUACUUACUGCAGGCAGUGCUUCUCCUGCCAGGCUGGGCAUCAGACAGCCCCGGGGUUCUAGGCAGGGCCCCCUCAACAUGCUGGGCUUGGCUGCUCAAGGCUGCCCCUUGGGGGUCAGAGGCUGCCUGUGGCCUGUACCUGAGGCCCUCCAUAUACACCCCUCUCUCACCCUCCUGAGCCUGGAGACAGGCCUCCUGGAAAGAGGUCAUUGAACUCCCUUUUUCUGCCACUAUCCCUUUUGUGCAAUCCAAAUUUUUCUUCCUGCUCUUCCAACCUCGUCUACUGGCUGGAGACUUUUCUACAGAGGAGGCCACACCCUUGAGCCUGGGGGCUCAGCUUCAGGCCCGUGCCCGUCACCCUCUGUGCCCUCACAUGCCUUAUUUGGUUUCUUGGCACUUCCUUCCAUCUGGCACGGGACGCUCACUGUUUAUCUGUUGGUCGUUGGUCUCCCCUGGGGUGUGAGCUCCCUGAGGACAGCGCCUGUCUUGUUCAUACCUUUUCCCGUGCUGAGGGCAGUGCCCAGCACACAGCAGGUGCCCAAGAGAAGACAGAAGUCUUGAAUGCUGGCUGCCACUCCCACCCCUACAGCCCCGUCCUGGAAGGAGCACUGGGAGGACGGCAGCUGCCUGCCUGCCUGCCUGUCCCGUCUCCGUCUGAGCCUCCCCUCCAUCUGCCUGAGGCUGGCGACCCACUGGGGCUUGAGGAUGAAGCUGAGCCCACCGCACUGGCCCCUAUCCUGCCUCCUUGUGCUGUUGCCCUGGCCUCUGGCCACUGCAACAUCAACAACUCCUUGGCCGUGCCCACCUGGCGAGGAGCCCAACCUGGAACCAGGGCAGGGCACAUUAUGCAGGUCCUGCCCCCCAGGCACCUUCUCAGCUUCCUGGGGCUCUAGCCCUUGCCAGCCGCACUCCCGCUGCAGCCCUCGAGGGAGGCUGGAGGCCCAGGUGGGCACGGCAACUCGAGACACACUAUGUGGAAACUGCCAGCCUGGGUGGUUUGCCCUGUCAGAGGUCCCCCGUGUUCCCUGUCAGCCGUGCUCCUGGACACCCCUGGGUACUCGCGGCUGUUACGAGCGGGGACGACGGGCCCGACGUGGCGUGGAGGUGGCAGCAGGGGCGAGCGGCGCAGGGGAGACGCGGCAGCCUGGGAACAGCACGCGGGCGGGCAGCCCUGAGGAGACGGCUGCCCAGUACGCGGUUAUUGCCAUUGUGCCCAUCUUCUGCCUCAUGGGGCUGCUAGGCAUCCUGGUGUGUAACCUGCUCAAGCGGAAGGGCUACCACUGCACGGCCCACAAGGAGGUCGGGCCUGGCCCUGGAGGCGGAGGCAGCGGGGUCAACCCUGCCUACCAGACUGAGGACGCCAAUGAGGACACCAUUGGGGUCCUGGUGCGCCUGAUCACGGAGAAGAAAGAGAAUGCAGCGGCCCUGGAGGAGCUGCUGAAGGAGUAUCACAGCAAACAGCUGGCGCAGACCAGCCACAGGCCUCUGCCCAGGCUGCCGCCGGGCCCACCCAGCAUGCCGCACGUCUGCCCACACCACCACCUCCACACCGUGCAGGGCCUGGCCUCACUCUCUGGCCCCUGCUGCUCCCGUUGUAGCCAGAAGUGGCCCGAGGUGCUGCUGUCCCCCGAGGCUGCAGCUGCCGCCACUCCUACUCCCAGACUCCUGCCCAACCCAGCCAGGGCGCCCAAGGUCGGGGCCAAGGCAGGACGCCAGGGCGAGAUCACCAUCUUGUCUGUGGGCAGGUUCCGUGUGGCCCGAAUUCCUGAGCAGCGGACGAGUUCAGUGGCCUCAGAGGUGAAGACCAUCACGGAGGCCGGGCCCUCAGGGGGUGAUCUCCCUGACUCCCCACGAUGUGGCCUCUCCAGUGAGCAGCGGGCACUGCUGGGAAGUGGUGGAAGCCACCCUAAAUGGCUGAAGCCCCCAGCAGAGAACAAGGCCGAGGAGAACCGCUAUGUGGUCCGGCUGAGUGAGAGCAACCUGGUCAUCUGAGGGGCUGUCUCGUCUGAGGACACUGCAGCCCUGCCCUGGGAGGUUCUGAAGGCUUCCUGGAGGAGGUAGAGCUGCAGCUGAGCCAGUGAGGAUCCAGAAUGGCCCAGCAGACAGAACAGCCAAGGCCAAGACCUGGAGGUGGGAGCGUCCACCCCAGUGAGGAGGCAGGCCAGCCAGCCGGCGGGUGCUGUGUGCAGGAGCAGGUUGAGAGCCCCUCCCGUCCCUGCCGCCCAUUUCCUUCCCUGCAGGAUGUCCCUGACACCGUGCCCUGCCCUGGCUGGAUCCUAGGAGCCCACAGGGUCCUCUGCACCACCGGGUGGCUAGGCCUCAGUGGUGGGGAGGGGCCCUCCACCUGGCCCCCCUGGCUCCACGCCUUAGUGAUGAGCCACCCCUUGCCUCUGUAGAGGGGACCUCCCCCUCCUUUCUGACAGGUCCUGCAAAGGGAGGGGUCAACAAAAAGCCAUGAGCUAGGAACCGAGUUCCUGGGUUCUAAUCCUGGGCAAGCCCCUGGCCAUUACUGGGUCCCAAUUCUUCUGACUGUGAAGCAGGGAGAGAGUGGCGUCUCGGUGCCCAGGGCCUUCCAGCAUCUUGCAGGCUCUGGGCUGGGUCGUGUAGAUGGAGAGCUUGACCCCUUGCCACCCCUCCCACUAGUAGUUUUAUCUGGCCCCGUUUUUGCUGCUUCAGGGCCACCACCUUCAAGGCUCCCAUGGAGCUGCCCAUCCAUGGCUCUGCCUACAGAAGGGGCAUAAUGCACGUGCCUGCCCCUGACCCUGCUGUUUUUAUUGAAAUUGAAAAAACAGACUUGACCUGGGCAGGGCUGUGGUACAGAGCCCCAGCCUGCCCAGCCACCCACAAGAUCUCAGGCGCUUUGGAGGGUAAGGGGUGAGGCUUCUGGCCUCCGUGGUUUCUGUGUCCCUGUGGUGUUGGUGUGAUCGUCCCCUGGCCUGGGCAGUGCGGGCGACUGCCCAGCCCGCGUCUCCACUCUGGCUCAGCAACCUCGUUAUUUAUGUGGGGCUGUGCAGGCAUGGGCCCACUGCUGUCCCCAUUUCUCUUAUUUAUUGAAACUUUGCUGUUGUCCCACCCUUGUGUCUCCACGCCCAUCCAUUUGUUGAAUAAUAAAAGGUGGGAAAGUAGUGUCAUGAGGAGCUUCUUUUUCCCUGUGUCUCUUCUCAGGUCUGCCCAUUCAGUGAAUAGUUCUGUGUCGGGCUCCGUGUGUGGGACAGGC